GUAACCCGUUGAUUGGCCCUGAAGGAAGCGCGUACGACACCGCGUGCGUGGGGUUAUCGUUCCCAUCUAUGAGAACGCAUGCAGAAGCUUAGAUCAUUUGAUAUCGUGGCCUUGAAACAAAUCCAGCCCUAUAAAACAAACACCUCUUUCUCAUCAUCAACCAACGGUUUCGGACUUUCGGCAACAAAGUGAAAAAGAAAAAGAAACCAAAGAAACACUUCACAAAUCAAAACCAAUAUCCUAAGUGUUUCUAGCUUGGAACAAGCUCAAGCAGUUGUAUCAUACAUCUUGGUUCGUAGGUUAACAAUGGAAGUGAAUUAUGAUAAUGGUCUCAAUCUCAAGGCAACGGAGCUCAGAUUGGGGUUGCCGGGAAGUGAUGAGCCGGAGAGACAAACGACGCCUAGGUCUAACAAGAGAACUUUAUCGGAGAUCAGUAGUUCCGGCGUGACAGACGAUGGAAACGAUUAUCAGCAAGACAGUGCUCCUCCUGCAAAGGAACAAGUUGUAGGAUGGCCACCGAUCAGAUCAUACAGGAAAAAUUGUAUACAUGCCACAGGGAGGUAUGUAAAAGUGAGCGUUGAUGGAGCUGCUUAUCUCAGAAAGAUUGAUCUCAAGGUUUACAGAAGCUACCCUGACCUCCUAAAGGCUUUGGAGAACAUGUUCAAGCUCACCAUUGGAGCCUACUCAGAGAGAGAAGGGUACAAUGGAUCUGGAUAUGCUCCGACUUAUGAAGACAAAGAUGGUGACUGGAUGCUUGUCGGAGAUGUUCCCUGGGAAAUGUUCAUCUCAUCCUGCAAGAGGCUGAGAAUCAUGAAAGGAUCAGAAGCCAGGGGGUUGGGCUGUGUAUGAGCAUCCCACGAAGAACAGGGAGAAUUUUUCGGCUUCAAUCAUUGAAAUUCCACGAGGAAGAUCGAUUUGCUGGAAGAAAGUUUCAGAGGUUAACAAGACAGCCUCCGUUGUUUACAGUAUCUGUACUUCUUUAUAAAUAACAUUCAGCACAAAAUCAAAAGGCAGGAAAGAAUGUAGAAAUACUUGAGACUCAAUUGUACAUAGGAAAACUAUUGAUUGCUUUACAUUUUUUCCCAGAAUAAGCAUAUGUAAGAAUAGGAUUAAAUCAAAGGCAAUAACUAUUAAGGUCUAA